AUGAUUGGAAUCUAUGACUCCCUCCAACGUCUAGAUCUCAGGGAGAACUCAAAUCUUCUCGAGGUCUGCAUUGGUCCUGGCGUUGGUCUCGAAGAAGCUCUACGAUACCAAGGAGUGAAGGUCAUCGGCGUUGACGUCUCCAAGGACAUGGUGGAACUGAGCAGUUCCAAAAUCGCUCAGCAUAUACAGGAUGGAAGGGCGAAAGUUGUUCUUGGGGAUGUUCACAACCUUUCUUUCAUCGAAAGCAACAGCAUCGACAGGAUCUUCCACAUGAACUGCUGCUAUUUCUGGGAAGAUGUAGAGCAAGCGUUGAAGGAGCUCCUCAGGGUGCUGAAGCCAGGAGGAAAGAUGCUCUCGGCAAUGAAAUAUAGAGCCAUCAAGAAGGGAAACCAUGACCCUGCCAUCUUCAAAAACACGGAUCCAGAGUCUUACUUGAAAUCCCUUGAGAAGGUUGGCUUCGUCAACAUCGAAAGCAGUCCGGUUCAACUGCAGUCUGGCUGCACCGGCAUCAACGCCAAGUUGGGAUGCCCCGUCAGCUCACGGAUGCACUACACAGCCGUCUUCUCCUCAAAGACAAGCUAA